AUGAGCCAGACUGAACUUCCUUUGGCAGAGACCAAGCCCUACGGGGUCAGGCCCCACAUUUGCUGCGCACCCCCUCCCCGCGCCCCGACCUCGCUGGGCAGCAGCCCCCUCCUGGCCAGAGCCGAGCCCCGACGGGGGGGACCGCGGCCGAGCCAGCCCGCGGACAGCGAGCCCUGCGCGGCGGAGCGGGGCGCAGCCAGCCCCCGGGAGCCCAGCGACCCCUGCCCGUCGGAGCCAGCCCCCGACGGCGGCUGGCUGAGCGCCGACGAGUCCUCGGGCUACGAGAGCGAGAGCGCGGGUGCGGAGCGCAGCGGCGGGGCGGUGGCACCGGGCGCGACCCGCGGACGGCAGCGGCGGGCGAGGACGGCCUUCACCGCGGAGCAGGUCUGCCGGCUGGAGAAGACCUUCCAGCGCCAGAAGUACCUGGGGGCCUCGGAGCGGAGGAAGCUGGCAGCUGCCCUGCAGCUCUCAGAGAUCCAGAUCAAGACCUGGUUUCAGAACCGGAGGAUGAAACUUAAGAGGCAAAUCCAGGACCACCAGCAUAGCCUCGUGUCUCCUGCUCCGCUCUACAGUUACCCACCGGGAACCCCGCCAGCCCUCCUUCACGAGGAGGGCUUUCCGCUGUCUUUCCACUAUCCCUUUGCUCCACAGCACCAGAGACUCCUGCCCCUUACCCCGGUGCCUGCUGUGCAGUUCAGCUUCUCCUUUCCCAGAUACGAUGUAUUGCAAAGCACCUACCACUUUAUGGCAAAUGAGCUGCCAUACUAUCAUCAGCACUGGCUUCCUCCUCAUCCUUCUUUCCAUCCAGUUAUUCAGAAUAAAAUGGACAAGAAAUGCCAUCCUGCAUAUGCAUUAUAG